AUAAAAACACACAUUUAAAAUAGAUGUGUUUAUUAUAGACACGUUAGCAGCAGUACUAGCAUAAUGCUAAAAUUACAUCAGGACAAAAGGUAUGCUAGUACACACCGGACACCAAGGAAGGAUUCUCCCCACAUGACUGUCUGAAGCUGAACUGCCAAUCAGAGCACGGAAAAGCUCAGAGUCUCUCUUCAUCUUCAUCUUCAUCUGGUCAUUGCUGUACUCGGAUGAGACUCAGUGGUGUGUGAUCUUCAGACAGCUGUUGAUGGAUUUUAUUUGAGUUUAAUCUCACAGUGUUUCAGGACUCUGGGGGCUUUGAGGAUGGGGGGGUGUUUUGUAGAACAAGAGGUUAAAACACGUAAGAUGUCGGCUCCAGGAGUACAGGAUGGUUUGGGUGAUGUAGAGGCCAGUAUCUGUCAUUUUAUUUGUUCAUCUUCAUAUCAUGAAUGAUUCCAACGCUUGCAGCUCUGGGACUUUUUAUCCAGGUUUGUUUGUCAGCCGUUGUUCCUGACACUUCCUGUUUCUCCCCCGUCAGACCAAUCAGAGUCCAUCCUGUACGCCAUGCAGCGAAGCCGCCGCCUCGUCUUCAUCCUCAGCCCGGACUUCCUGUCCGAGAAGAGCUUCAGCCUGCUGGAGUGUCGGCUGGGUUUGUACCUUCAGCACAACCAGCGGGCCUCCAUCGCUGCCGUUGUGUACCGCUCCGUCAACAAGCUGCCCUGCGCGGAGGCGGCUCAGCUCCGUCAGGCCGCCGCCGCUACCGUCACCUGGCGAGGUUCCCGGUCCGAGCCUCGGCGGUCCCGCUUCUGGCUCCGGCUCCGGCUGGCGCUGCCCGUCAGGCCGCUGGCACUGGGCCGGAGGAUGAUUGACAGCACGUCGUCGCACUCGGACCUGGCGGCGCUGGCUCUGCAGAAGGUGCAACAACACAACCAGAGAGCCAAUCAGAGCCGGGGAGGCAGGCGGGCACCACCCAGAGGGGGGAGGGGCCGGGUGAGGAGGGGAGGGGUGGCGGGGUCACAUGGUACCAGCUGCUCGGGGUGCGCUUGGGUUAUAGGUCAGGUGCAGGACAGGGGGUCAGGGCCAACAGUGGAGAUGCAGCAGAUGUCACAUGACAGGACUGAACCCCCCCCACAGCCAGACUGUCACUCAUUUCCGGACCCCGUUCCCACACUUGGCUCCGCCCAAGACACCACCCUCCCGACAUGCCAGCAGAUGAUUGGCGCCAGGACUUCUGAGUCACCAGGAAAAGGGGAGGGGCUUGUUGUUAAAGCGACACUCAUCAGCUAG